AAGUUACUGUUUUGAGCUUCAAAAUUAAAUUUCAAGCGAGAGAGAGAGAGAGAGAGAGGACAAGGGAAUGGAACUUAGCAUACAGCGAACCAAAUCUGACUUUCAUUUACCUCAAGCAUAUAUACCAAUCAUGUGUGUUACAGCAACCUGAAUCUACCAUGACCCACUUCAAAAUCAAGCUGUUUGAACUUUUGGGUUUGUUAUUUUGGUGAAUCUUACAAGAAUCUGAGCUUCUGGAUUUCAAAAAAAAAAAAAUCAACGAUGGAAAGUACAGUGAAUAAGAAUGGUGCUGCAGAAGGAUUUGACAAGAUUAAAAAUGGGUCUGAGUCAGUGACUGAGUCAAGAGAUAGCAGCAGUUUGAGUUCUGAGUCUAGUUCUACUGAGGAAGUGAAGACUGUGGGGUGUGAUUCGCCCUCUCCUUUGGGUUGGCCGAUAAGGAAAGCUGGAGAGUGCAAGAACUUGUUAGCCUCUGGUGGAAAUGAAGAUCAAGAGAAAACCCAUUUAGAGGAUUCCAAGUUUAAAAAGCUGGGAUCGAAGAUUUCAGAGAUUGAUAUGAUGAAGGAGAGGUUUGCAAAAUUGUUGCUUGGUGAAGACAUGUCAGGGUCUGGAAAAGGGGUUUGCACAGCAUUGGCUAUCUCAAAUGCCAUUACUAACCUCUGUGUUACUAUUUUUGGGCAACUGUGGAGACUGGAGCCACUGCCUCCAGAGAAGAAAUCAAUGUGGAGAAGAGAGAUGGAGUGGCUUCUUUGUGUCGGUGAUCACAUUGUGGAAUUAGUGCCCUCUUGGCAAACAUUUCCUGAUGGUAGUAAGCUAGAGAUCAUGACUUGCAGGCCAAGAUCAGAUCUUUUUAUCAAUCUCCCAGCUCUGCGUAAACUGGACAAUAUGCUUCUUGAAAUACUAGAUACUUUUUCCAUUGCAGAGUUUUGGUAUGUUGAUCAAGGCAUUGUAGCCCCAGAUGCAGAUGGGUCAACCUCUUUCCGCAAAGCAAUUCAGAGGCAAGAGGAGAAGUGGUGGCUGCCUGUACCCCGUAUCCCUGCAGGUGGUCUCAGUGAUAAUUCAAGAAAGCAGUUGAACCACACAAGGGAAUGCACACAUCAAAUACUAAAAGCUGCAAUGGCAAUAAACAGCAUUGCUUUAGCUGAAAUGGAUGUUCCUGAUUCAUACUUGGAGUCACUUCCAAAGAACGGGAGAGCUUGUCUAGGGGACUUCAUAUACCGGUAUAUUACUUCAGAUCUGUUCUCUGCAGAGUGCCUACUUGAUUGCCUAGACCUGUCCACUGAGCAUGUUGCUCUAGAGAUUGCAAACCGUGUGGAAUCUGCAAUCUAUGUGUGGCGUAGGAGAGCUCAUUCAAAACCUCAAACUAAUCCAAACCGGUCCGCUGCAAAGUCAUCAUGGGAGAUGGUCAAGGACUUAAUGGUUGAUGUAGAUAAGAGGGAACUGCUUGCAGAAAGAGCAGAAAGUCUCCUGCUUUCCUUGAAGCAGCGUUUCCCUAGUCUUAGCCAGACCACAUUGGACACCAGUAAAAUCCAAUUCAACAAGGAUGUUGGAAAAUCCAUUCUUGAAAGCUAUUCAAGAGUUCUGGAGAGCUUGGCAUUUAACACCGUGGCUCGUAUCGAUGAUUUGCUGUAUGUGGAUGACUUGACUAAACAUUCAGACAAAUUAUCAGUUACCACAGUCAGUGUCAUUGCUCACAAGAAAGUUUCAAUCCCUUACUCCAUGCCUGUCUCGGGCACUCCAUAUAAAACAUUUAGCACACCAAGCUUUUCACCUGUACCACCACUUAUUAGCCCUGCAAUGGGGGAGAAAACUCCAUUUCUCCACAACACCACCACCUCCAACAACAGUAACAAGCUUCACCGUCGUGGGUUCGGAGUAAAAAAAGUCUUGACAAAUUAUCUCGGUGUUGAUACAAAACCAAAGAUUUGUGGCAAUUCAACUGAAGCAACAUGUCCUAAUCCAAACGCAAACAGCACAGCAGGUCGAGGGCUUGAAAAUAUGACAGCUAAAGCAUAUCAAAAUGCUCCUAGAUAUACACUAGACUAAAGCAGUCAGCUAAGAGUUUGGUGCAUAGAAAAGAAUUGAAAUCUAUGAGUUUAAGAAUUAGGAAAUGUUUAUGAGAUAGAAGGCCUCCUGCUGUUACAAAUUAUUGUUGUUUAAUUUAUUGGUUAAAUGGUUGGUUUA